AUGGACGAGUUUUUUAACAGACAAACGAAGCGGAAGAAAACCACAGCAGAUGAUAUUGCAGCGACAGUAACAUCGAGUCUCGCCUCCUAUACCAUAGCUAAACAAGGGCUACCGUUUUCCACGCUCCCACUGCUUAUUACGGCAAUGACAUCUGGUUCUAUCGGCGUCAGCGCACAUCAUGAUCCCACUACGGUGCGUCGAAUGGUAACGACUUUUGCGACGCAUAUGAAAUGGUUCCUCAUCUUCUCGUGGAGUAAGUGGAUAGUAUUCUCACUUCGAACUGUGUCACCGCAGCAUCGUCCUAUCACACUGCAUCUCUUCCUUGCUGAGGUUGAAAGCGAAUCUGCAGAACAUAUCGUUGAAGCUCUCUUCAGACAUUUCGACAGUAUGGAAUCUUGGCGGGAUGCUCCAGGUUUACUACAAACAGUGCGACAGUACGCACUGAAGAACAUGAUAGCUUUAUCAACUGACGGAGCAGCAGUUAUGCAAGGGCAUGUUGGUGGUGUCUACGCAUUGCUGAAGGAUCGCCUGACAGAAGAAACCGCUGGAGAUUUUCGUCCGCGUAGUAGUCUCCUUCUUUCAGUGUGCAUGGCGCAUAAGCUCAAUCUAGUUUUUGCCUCCCAAAACGGUGAACUAUUCAAGCUAGUUCAGACAGUCAUUAUGGAAUUUAUCAUCUCCUUGGUUCUACAGUGCGAACGACUGGACGAGCUGCUUACCAUAUGA